CAAAAAAUGCCUUGAAUCGUUGAAUACAAUUGAAUCGUUUGAUUAAUGUCAAGUUAUAAAGAACUAAGUGAGUGCGCGUAUCGUUCGGUUUGACAUUGAUAAAAGUGAAAAGUUUUAAGAUGAAUAACGUAGAAAUUGAGGAUGUUUAUCAUCACGACUUCACGACUGCCUCCGAGUGGGAAGUGUUUAUAGCGAGGCUGGAGGAAAUUAUUCACGAGUGGCAGCUUCCUCACGCGCAACCUGGCCCGCCUCUGAAAGAAGGAGACUUUGCCAAUUUGUCGUGGGAAGAGCACACGGAAAAAUUGAACUUUGCAGAUGUCGAGUUUUUCUUUAAAUACUUUAAACUGCAGAAAGAGGAUGACGGUUCUGAGAGAAGUAGGACACCUGAUCCCGAGGAAGUUCUCACCCAGUGUCAAAAAGACAUUUUGAAUUCUAGAAAUGACUUUGUGCAGAUAAAAAAUGGUUAUCCGGAGUUGGCUCGUUUUUAUGGAAUAAGAGAGUUUUUACUGCUAGUACCUGUGAAACAAAAUUCCAUAGCGGAUGAAACUAAAAUGAAGAUUUUGUUGAGUUCCUUAACCAUUGCAGUGAGCAAUGCACAGUGUGAAAUAGCAGCAUUCGUUCAGGUGCAAGAACAGUGGCAAAAUUAUUACCUUGGUAUAAAUAUCGGUAAAGGUUCGAGGAUGCAUUUAAACAUGGUUCACUUGAAAAAAAUUCCUCCUCACUGCAGGCACCUGACAGGCCUAUCAACUUUGUUUAAACAAAAAAUUAGCGAAGGCUGUGGAAGCGGUGUAGGUCUGGACACGGUUAUAGUGUCAGUGAGAUUGUCAUAUACUCUAAAAGACUGGACUAAUAGUACUUGGACGCAGGAGCCACCUGAUUUUGAUUUUUUACAAGGAGAAACUUUGGGUGUAGAUGAGCUGGGGAAGCUUCCCUUUGGAGCCACGUUUGAUCCAAUAAAUUGGUCGGAGAUAAGCGAAAAUGCCGUGGUGGAGAGUGAAUCGUUUAGUGAUUUGGAACCUCUGUCGGCUCCAGAUUGGUCGUUGAAAGUCGAAAUGGUUCGGAAUCCCGCUUGUUUACUAGGCGAAUAUCUGUCAAAUUUUUUACAGCUGUGCGGUAAUCAGAAAAGUUUAGUAGAACUGUUGGGCGAAGGUGCCGCCUACGUUGAUAACGAGAAUCAGUCAUUGAGCUCUGCUUUUAAUAUACUAACGGAGUCUCGAAUUCCAUCUCUCACAACCGUAGUCAGUAGAAACGUGUCAAAAUCUCGAAAGAACAUCGAAGGUCCCAUAACUGAAGACGUGUUACUGCCCAUACUGUACUUUUUAUUUCCCGAUGCUGAAGAUAACACGAGAGCGCCGUACGACAGCGACGCGUUAGUCAUCGAUGAGGACCAAUGGAGAGGAAUAAAAACCUGCGCCAUCGACAGUCUUGUAUGGCGACUGGCCAUUGUGGCUUCACACUGCGCCUUUAAUCUGGGUAGCGUUAACGCGCUUGCCCAGCUUUGGCACGAGUUUGUCCAGGAGUUGAGAUUCCGCUGGGAGAGGGGCAUUCCAGUACCAGGAAUCGGUCCUGGCUUCCCAGAUUGCGUCCGCACCUGCUUGCUGCACCAGAAACUCCAGAUGAUAAAUUGCUGCAUCGCCCGGAAAAAGACAAGGGAGGAGUGCGAGAGGAGGGAGAUGGGCUUGGACCAGGAAACCGCGGCGCAAGAGAGCACCGACGAUUCGGAGGACGACGAGUUCUUCGAGUGCCUGAACGAGGAGGAGGCGGAGGCUAGGAGGCAGUCGCACCAGCAGCACCUGCCCUGGAACCGGCCGGUCGGUAGAUUGGCCAAGCACCCGACGCUUCGGCUGAUCCAGACCGGCGAGCCGCUCUACUUACCGGUCACCCAGGAUCCCGUGCCAAAGACCGAGGAUCAACUCGAGGAGGACGCCCAGGUCAUGAUGCAGCUAGGCACCGACAAAACCGCCUCGGAGAUGCGCGCACGGCUCAUGAGCGCAUCGCUGCUCUCCGACAUGGAAUCGUUCAAGGCCGCGAACCCAAACGGUCAGCUGGAGGAUUUUAUCCGGUGGUACUCGCCGCGAGACUGGAUCGAGGACGAUCAGGGCGAGGUGGACGAGUGGGGCCAAGCAAGGGGCCGCCUGUCGGCUCGCAUGCUCAUCGACAAGAACCCGUGGUCGAGCACCUGGGAGUCGGCCCAGCCGGUGCCUGCCCACCGCCAGAAGCGCCUCUUCGACGACACCCGGGAAGCCGAGAAGGCCCUCCACUACCUUGGCUCCCGGCGCCUCGGUCAGCUCGCCCAGCUGCUCAUGCCCGUGCUCGCGCACGCCGCCCUCGUCACCCUGCACGAGCAAAAGUACGAGGCCCUCACUAGUCUGCCCAGUGUUUUACAAACCAUCAAUAACAGGCUGCAGUUCGCCACGAAACCGAUUCACCAAAAAAUGCAAAUCUACGAGGACAUUGUUCACGAAAUCGAGAGCAUCGAGAGUUUGAUAGCACAGUUCAAUUCGCUGCGAUUGAAGUUGACCGACAGCAACGGGGAUAAGGAUCUGACGUCCUUCAUAGGCCAGCUGAUGCACAACAGAGAAGUUUCCGUCCCAAAUGGGCCUAGAGGCGCCAUUGGAGCUCGCAUCACAAAAAUGUUUUCCGAUGCUCAAAAGGCCGCUUACAUGACGAACAGCAUGAGCACCGAGUCGGACUCUUUGUCGUUGGACACGAAAUUCAAGCCGUUCCCUGAACCCUCAGCCAAGGAAUUUAUUCUUCGAACGAUGGCUCCACGUCCUACGCCUUCGUCCUCGUUGCAGCCCCAGCGUCUUUAUGUCAGUCUUCACAGAGACGGUAUUCGCAUGGCAGGAGCAUUCUCCGAGGAUACCAUAUUUUACUAGA